GAUCGAAAAAACUUCUUCAAUAGGUUUGCCACGUUUGCCACGAUUGAACAUACUGGUUAUACCAGGUUAUAUCUGAUCUGAGAUAUGUCAUUAUGUAUGAGUUGGUAUGAGUGCUCUGUGGCUGUUCUGGAGUGGUUUAUUGCAUAUAACACGUGUCGUAGAACUAGUGUUUUAAAUUUGGUUAUCUGCGUGAGCUUGUAUUAUUUAAAUAAUUGUCAUCUAAAUUUUGAAUUAUUUCUACGUCAUGAAUAACUGGAAGUAUCGUGUUCGCGUGUACUGUAAUUCGACAUUUCACAACUUGUGAUUAUAUGUUGUGCGUAUCUGCAAGUUAUUGUAAGGAUUGUUUAGGUGAAGUUAUACUCGAGUCAGAGUACAACUUGUAAACGAAGUAUUUUCGUCAAACAAAACUUGUAUUUUAAAAUAAAUAUAUGAUGGAGUAUAUUGAUGGAAUUGAAGAGACCACACCCAGAAUAUUAUGUUGUCAAUGUGGAACUGUUAUUGAGCCAAAUGCUGCGAAUAUGUGUGUGGCAUGUUUGCGGUCUCGGAUUGACAUAACAGAGGGGAUUCCAAAGCAAGCCAUAAUACAUUUUUGUAAAGGAUGUGAAAGGUACCUUAAACCACCUUGUGAAUGGGUUGCAUGCUCGUUGGAAUCGCGAGAAUUGUUGAGUGUCUGUCUUUUUAAAUUAAAAGGAUUGAAUAGGGUAAGAUUGGUUGAUGCUGGGUUUGUAUGGACUGAACCUCAUUCAAAACGAAUUAAGGUGAAACUAACAGUUCAGGGUGAGGUCUUAGGAGGAGCAGUCUUGCAGCAAGUUUUUGUUGUUGAGUUCACUGUGAAUUCGCAAAUGUGUGAAGAUUGUCAUCAUGUUGAAGCACAAGAUUAUUGGCGGGCUCUUGUUCAAGUUCGACAAAAAUGUGAUAACAAGAAAACUUUUUUUUAUUUAGAACAACUUAUAUUGAAACACAAAGCUCAUGAACAGACUUUAGGAAUUAAACCAAUUCAUGAAGCUCAUGCUCGGAAAUUGGUUGAUUUUUUACAAGCUGUUUUACCAUGUCGUUAUCAACAAUCCAAGAAACUUAUCUCUCAUGACACGCACAGUAAUACGUAUAAUUACAAGUUCACUUAUAGUAGCUUUUUAACCACAGUGAAUGUUGAUGGCCAAGGCAGGCUCGACUUGCUUACGAAAGCUAUGGGGCCUGAUAGGCAAGUGAGAGUUGCUGAAGUUAGUGCUGUUGCCUUCUGGAGAAAUCCAUUCUAUUCUAUAUGCAAUCCUAAACAGCUUACUGAAUACAUAGUUAUGGAUGUAGAAAUUAUGAAAAAUUAUGACCAAAAGACAUUUCCUGGGCAAGGAGCCAUUUCUCAGAAGCAUGUACUGGCAGAUGUUUGGGUUGUCAGAGCUUCAGAUUUGGGUCGUACAGAAAAUACAGUACACACUCGAUCUCACUUGGGACAUGUUUUAAAACCGGGAGAUUCUGUUCUUGGGUACGCUCUGGGAGAUAGUAAUGUAAAUGACUCGAAUUUUGAGAAGUUAAAUCCUUCUCAGGUUCCUGAUGUGGUGUUAGUAAAGAAAUAUUACGGUAUUAAUAAAAGUGCACGUCAACACAGACGAAGGUGGAAGCUGAAACAUUUGAAUGAGGAAUAUAGCAAUCUUCAGAAGGAAACUAAUGAUUACAUCGAGUUUUUGGAUGACCUUGAAGAAGAUCGAGAAUACCGCCAAAAUAUUAACAUUUUCAAAGACACUUCUAAGCUAAUACCCAUAGACACUGAUGAGAUAGAUGAUCCCACAUUACCUCAAAUUACAUUGGAAGAAAUGCUUGAUGAAAUGACAAUUGAAGAAGUAGAAAUGAAGGAGAUACCUGAAAGUUAAAUUGUUGCUUGUAUUAUUAUUUUUCUAUAUUCUCUUACUGUGUGAGAGAGAGAGAGAGAGAAAAUAAAUAAAUAAUAGAAAUA